AUGGUAGUAAAUCGUUUCGCCAUCCAUCUAGGUGGGCCUCGGUUCAUUUUUCUCGCGUCACGCGAAAAGUUCCCCGACAUCCAUAAUGCAAGCGCUGUCGGCAUGUCAUCGCGGCAUAUUGCGCUGUGCCGCUCGCACUCCGCGGCAAGGGUUAGCGGUGGCGCGCUCGCAUCCCUACCGCGCGCCAGGGCCGCAAGACAGACUCGAGCCCGUGUCCUCCCCUUAAGAUUCUCGCGGCCGCCGCUGCCAAUUAGAGGCGCAAUCGCUCACGCGGCGAGUCUACCCCCGCCCGGCGCCCGCCCACCCCUGCUCUUUGUUCCA